AUGGACAUUAAACCAACACUGUCAGAAGCGGAAGAAGGUGAGAUAGUUGAUGACUCUGGAACUUUUGAUAGCGAGGAUGACAAAAGCAAACGAAACAUUGAUGAAAUGACCAAUGGAUUGGCCGCCUUGUCUGGCCCGGGUCAACAACACUCACCUGAAAGUCAGGCCACCGAAGAAUCGACGAAAGAACGCAGACAGAGCGCCGGGAGUCACGAGGGUGACUCCGCGGUCGAAAGGGGAAAGGGCGACUGCAGCGAAAGGGAGCGCAGGCACAGGGAGGAACGUAGGCAUCGUCACUCCAGCAAACACUCGCACAGUCACCGUCGACAUCACGAACGCGAUCGCAGUUAUCACAGCCAUCACAGCCGUCGUGACGCCGAACGAAAAAAUGGGUUGGAGGAGGAGGAAAAACAUCGAAAGGAUGGUUUAGGUAACAACAUAAGCUCGACCGACAAUAUGGUCAUUGAUGAAGACGAAACUCGUAGCGAUGUCACCGCCUUUCGUAUUGAACAUUCUGCUGCCUCUUCCCGUAAAUCCAAACGCAGUAGAGAAGAAUUUUCCUCUGACGAUGACCAUCACUCUUCUUCACGUCAUCACUCAUCUCGUUACAGUGAACGACGGCAGAGCGUGAGUCAACGAAGCAAGGAAUCCCGAAGUCGACAUGAUGAUCGGGAGUAUCGUAGAAGUUCGACGAGGGGAUACGAAAGAGAGAGAGGCCACAGCAGAGACCGAGACGACGGAUAUGGUAAUGAUCGGGGUUAUGAAAGAGACAGGAGUCAGAGAAGUUUGAGUAGAAGAAAUGGAGACGAUCGAACCAACGGGAGGAAGAUUAUUGAAUAUGAAUUAGAUAAUACAGUCCCCACUGGUACUGGAAUAAGCACCAGGGAUUCGCAAAGUUUCAUCUCUCAAUCCAAGAGCGAAAUACCUACGGAAGAAAUGACCGAUAUUAUUUUUGAGGCCGAAGACGAAGAAGAAAGAUUGAUCGAGGAGAGACGCAAACGUCGCAGUGCAAUUUUAGAAAAAUAUAAAAAUAAAAGUGAAGAAACACUUUCAUCUAGUGCUGAUAAUGACACUUCCACAGCUCCAACAACAGUAGAGAUGGCGGAGAACAAAGUAGAAGCAACAGAAAACCAAUCUUCUGAUACGCCAUCCGUAAUCUCUCCGGUCACACCACCGAUAGUUUCACCGACCUCAUUUUCUUUAACGAAAGUUGAGGCGUCUAUCGAGGACUUUGUUCCUGGAGAAGAUCAACAAGGAUUUUCCGCUGCCGACUACGAUCCAACCAAGGAUCGGAUCGCGGACGAUGAAAGGCUGUUGCAUCACAAAUCUGCAAAAGACCUUGAACUACUCAAGACCAAGGAUGCGCAAGAGGCUGUCGUUCAACAAGAUGAUAAUGAUUCGGAUAUGUUUGCUGCUGAUUACAAGGAAACUUUGAAUGAACGCAGCGAAAAUUACCAACCCAAGUUCAAAACAAAUGAUGAGUUUGACAUGUUUGCAGAUGAUGACACGUUUGUUACUCCAUCAGAGAAUAAAAAAUCCACUAAAUCGAUACCUGUUGUAAAAAAUGUUCCCAUAGUGGUACAUGAACAUGCCACAGGUCUCGUUGACAAUUACGAUGAUGCCGAAGGAUAUUAUCGAGUCUUAUUGGGCGAGAUGCUUGACAAUCGUUAUCACGUAUAUAGUCACCUCGGUAAAGGUGUCUUUAGUUCUGUUGUUAAAGCAAAAGAUACCAAGACCGGUGAAGACGUGGCUAUAAAGAUUAUUCGAAAUAAUGAAACAAUGUAUCGAGCUGGUAUGAAAGAAUUAAAUAUUCUCAAAAAAUUGAUGGCAGCAGACCCUGAAAAUAAGAAGCAUGUAAGCGAAUCCAAGAACACUCUCAAGAUGUGUGAUCUUGGCUCUGCAUCAGAUGCAUCAGAAAAUGAUAUUACUCCAUAUCUAGUUAGUAGAUUUUAUCGAGCACCUGAGAUUAUUAUUGGAUUACCUUACGAUUUUGCACUGGACAUGUGGUCCGUGGGAUGCACCCUUUAUGAACUUUACACGGGAAAAAUUCUCUUUCCAGGUAGAAGUAACAAUCAAAUGUUGAAACUUAUGAUGGAACUUAAAGGCAAGUUUUCGCAUAAAACCCUUCGCAAAGGGCUAUUCACAAAACACCAUUUUGAUGACGAUUUUAAUUUCCUAUACCACGAAACGGAUCGAAUAAGCAAUAAGGUAAUUAAGUCUAUUGUCAUUACCAAACCCGUUCGUGAUCUUAAAACGCGUCUGAUGUCGAAGACCUCACACAUGAGUGACGAAGAAUUGCGACUGCUGACAAGUUUUGUCGAUUUGCUGGAUAAAUGCUUAAAUCUAAAUCCUGAGAAGCGAUUAACAGUAAAAGAGGCGCUAAUGCAUCCUUUUAUAACUGGGAAAUCAUGA